AUGUCAGGUGAGCCGGAAUUCGUCAACAACGUAGCUCGGUGGCAGCCCGAUGAACUGGUAUACAACUGCUUAAAUUGUGAGGUCAAGUUCAUGUUUCUGGUGCGAAAGCACCACUGUCGAUGCUGCGGCGGCAUUUUCUGCGGUCCCUGCUCCACCAAGUUUCUCUGGUACGACAGAAAACGGGUAAAGGUUGUCAGCAGGAAAGACGGGGUCGCAGAUUCUGAGUUCCCACCAUAUCGAACCUGCACAUCCUGUUAUUACACCCUCGCCAGGAUGAAACUGUUACUCUCACCCUGGGGAGAACGUCUUCGUCCCUCGGGGCCUGACGUUUUCACGACAACGGCAAAUCAAGACUCCUCCAGGUUAGCUCCACAGUCGGCGUCGUCGGCGUCAUCUGCGCGGCUUAACGAGUUCUUCAAAAACAACCAAGUGAUGGAGAACGUUAGAGAAACCAGCAGUGAAUGUAGCAGCGCCGUUGCCCAUGCAAGGAAUAACUGCUCCGACGUCGAGCGCUGUCCCAUUUGUAAUGCCGAUUUGACCCGGCUCUCCGAUCCUGACUCUUCCACCCACAUUAUCAAGUGUAUUCAGAUGGCAGAAACUGCGCAACAACACAACUCGCCUCCCGGGGACGACGUUGGGAGCCCUACUUAUCAAAACAGAAUGCUGGUCUACAAGAUGCCCGAUUCCACCGGCGAAUAUCACGAAAACGCUGAUUUCGCAGAAUGCCCGAUAUGCUUUGAAGAAAUGCUACCGGGCCAAAAAGUUGGAAGGCUCGAAUGUCUGUGUAUGUUUCACUACGACUGUAUCAAGAGCUGGUUUCGUAAAAAAACUCAGAAACUGAAGAGAGGCACUCUCAAAUACGGCGGGAAAAACUUUUGCCCCUUGCAUGAUGCAGUUUUCUGA